AUGACCGUGCGGUUCGUGCUGCUGGUCAACAAGCAGGGCCAGACCAGGCUCGCGCACUACAAUGAGAUCGUGCCAAAAGCCGAGCGGAGGCAGAUCGAGGGGGAGAUGGUGCGCAAGUGCCUGACGAGGAGCGAUAAGCAGUGCUCUAUCGUCGAGCAUCGGGGGAUGAAGGUCAUAUACCGGAGGUACGCCUCCUUGUUCUUCAUCGUCGGGGUGGACGAGCACGAGAACGAGCUCGCGGUACACGAGUUCAUACACUGCGUCGUGGAGACGCUCGAUAGACACUUCGGGAACGUGUGCGAGCUGGACAUCAUGUUCCACCUGGAGAAGGCCCACUACAUCCUGGAGGAGAUGGUGACGAAUGGACAAAUCGUGGAGACCAACAAGUCCAUCGUCCUCGGGCAGACGGUGAUGUACGACCCGCCGCCGGAGAAGUAG